AUGGAUGUAAGAAAAUGCCAGGAUUUCUCUGCCACUGGCCCAUGGGAAGUUGUCACUGAGACUGAUGGGAAGCAGGUGCUGGCCACUUUUGAUGCUGUUGUGGUUUGCACUGGACAUCAUGUAGAGUCUCCUAUUUCACUGGAGACUUUCCAAGGUAUGAACGAGUUGAAAGGCACCUACCUUCACAGCCAGGGAUACAAGAACCCAGAAAGAUUUCUGGGGAAGAAAGUCCUUGUGGUUGGACAGGGGAACUCUGGAGCAGAUAUCACUGUACAGCUAAGUCAGAGAGCUGAACAGGCAUUUCUCAGCACCACCAGGGGCUCAGGGGUGAUGAUCCGCAUUUCUGAGCAUGGCUGCCCCAUAGAGAUGAUGUACAAUAUCCACUUGACUGAUGUCAUCAUGAAUACUCUCCCUUUCCCCCUGUUCAGCUGGAUGAAUGAGAAGAUGAAUCAAUGGUUUAACCAUGGAAACUAUGGCUUGGUGCUCCAAGACAGCUAUUUUCCACUAGCCUGGCCAGCAGCCCCACUGUGCAACUAG